AUGGAUUUUUGCGAAUUUACUUGGAAAGAAGAUCAAAGGUGCCAAUGUCAGUUUUGGAUGGAGAUGGUUUAUCGUUCACCUAAAGGGGACAAGAAGCUCACCGAGAAGAAAAUAGAACUCAUUGCUGUCAAGGCUAUUUACCAUCAAUCUUCCUGUUGCCUUCCUGGUCCACCAAUUGUGGAUGAUAUCGUCCUGAGAUUCCCUGAGGAACAAGGUCCUCGACAGGGAUGGCAUCAUCCACAGACUAGAUCAAGAAAGCCAACCGUUCCUCCUUCACAACCCCCGAACCCCCGCUUCCUCCUCGUGUCUGUCAACCCGAUGCUCAGGGAAGUCAAGUGCUCCUCCUCUACACCCGCUAACCCUCAGCUUGCUUAUCAGCUCUUGUGCUGGAGCAGUUUGAAUAAUCUUUGGUUUGUGCGGAAAGUGUGGGGUCUAUCACCUAUCUGUCAGCUCCUUUUGUCCCUCUGGUCCAGGAAUCCGGAAGAGCUUUAG